AUGAGUUGCAUCUCAUCCACUCUAUAAGAGUUCACACAUUAAUUAGAAAAUUAGCCUGCAAAUCUAAUUUAAAUCUAUCAAUUACUAUAUGGUUAUCAAAUUUCAAGAACAUAAAAUUUUAUAGUUUUUACAUCAUAUAAAUCUUCUUUUCCUUAAGUCUCCAUUGAUAAUUAAGAAACUCCAUUUCUAAUCGAAGAAUUGAUUGAAAAUAAAAAAUGA